GACCGGCAUUGUCUGCAUCCGUGUGAUUGGUCAGCGGACAGAGACAGACAGAGUGUUUCCGUGGCAGCCGCAGUCUGCAGGCUGUCCGGUCUCGGCUCCGCGGGGAGAGCGACACACACCGUGCGCGGUCCCUCACCAUGGAGGCUGCAGCCAAGUACGACUUUGAGGCGACAGAUGACGAUGAACUCAGCUUCAGGGAGGGAGACCAGUUGAAGAUUCUGCAGACCACCGGGAACUGGUACAUGGCGGAGCUCAGCGGGGUUGAGGGCCUGGUACCUAAGAACUUCAUCAGCUUCCACCUGCCCAGCUGGUACGACGAAGACGCCGGCCACAGCGAGGCCCAGCGGACGCUGAUGUCGCGGCCCCUGGGGGCCUUCCUCAUGUGGAGCACGCAAAACGCCGCCGCCGGCGAGUUCUCUCUCUCUGUCAGACAUGAAACGAAUGUGCAGCACUUCAAGGUGCUCCGGGACAGAGAGGGGCAGUAUUACCUGUGGUCGGAGAAGUUCCCUUCCCUCAACCAGCUGGUGAAAUAUUAUAAAACCAAGUCUGUCGCCAAAAAAACGCUGAUAUUCCUCCAGGAGACGAAAUGGCGGCGAGGACGCUCAGAUUCUCUUCCACCUCUUCCUGCUUCUCCUGCCGCUGCUCCACCAGCCGACCUCACGCUUCCAUCUGCACCUCCACAGCACGACGCCCCCUCCAGCACGCAGGUCAGAGCCGAGUACAGCUUCCUCGCCAUAGAGACGGACGAGCUGGGGUUCAGCGCGGGCGAUGUCAUCGAGGUGCUGGAGCGCCUCGACCAGGCCUGGUGGAGGGGGCGGCUGAGGGGCAAGACGGGCCUGUUCCCCUCCAACUACACCGAACCCAUCUGACACGCGCACACGUCAUGUGACAGUGACUCUACACUUCACGGAUGGUUCUCACACCGGCAACACAAACGUCAACCCGCAUUGAGCCCACAUCCGGAGAAAAAGACCCCGAGCGAUUUUGUGACGGAAAGUUUCAACUGUCUUGAAUUAAAAACUACGAUUUAACUUUAGCUUUGGCGAACACACAUACUGUGCAUUGGAUUUCUGUUUCAUAUUAUGCCAAACAUAUUGUCAUUUUAUAUAACUGGUUGUUUGUCAAACGAUUUUCAGGAUUUCUUAAAGACUCAAAGCCCCAGUGUGUAAUUUUCUGGCGGCAUCUGGUGGUAAAGUUGCAAACCGUAAACCGUAAGCAGCUGAAAAUUCAACGCGAAUGCGACGUAUUCUGGA